AUGACGUUGACGUCCGAGGGAAUCACGAGGACUCGCACUGGCGCCCGCAGCCACCACGGUCUUGGUCCGACCAAGCUAUCCAUCGACUACCUCUCCAUCCGUCCUCCACAACCCUCCAUCUUUCCACUUCCCUCCACACAUUCCUCAACCCCAUACAGAUACAACAAGAUGAAGGGCAGUUCUCUCAUGGCAGCCGGUGCGCUGUUUGGCUCGGCUUCGGCCGGUGUCCACAAGAUGAAGCUCAAGAAGGUUCCUCUUUCUGAGCAGCUUCACGUCCAGGCUCUUGGUCAGAAGUACAUGGGCAUUGCUAUCGGCAACCCUCCUCAAGAGUUCAAGGUCGUCCUCGACACCGGCAGCUCCAACCUUUGGGUUCCCUCGUCUGAGUGUGGCUCCAUCGCUUGCUACCUCCACAACAAGUACGACCACAGUGACUCUUCCACAUACAAGAAGAACGGCUCAGACUUUGCCAUCCGCUACGGCUCCGGCGCUGUUGAAGGUUACAUCUCCCAGGACACUGUCCAGAUUGGUGACAUCAAGAUCAAGAACCAGCUCUUUGGUGAAGCCACUCAGGAGCCUGGCCUUGCUUUCGCCUUCGGCCGCUUCGAUGGUAUCCUUGGUCUUGGAUACGACACCAUCAGUGUCAACAAGAUUCCUCCUCCUUUCUACGAGAUGGUUGCCCAAGAUCUGCUCGACGAGCCUGUCUUCGCCUUCUACCUCAGUGACACCAACGACAAGGAGGCUGAGUCCGAGGCCAUCUUCGGUGGCGUCAACAAGGACCACUACACCGGCGAGCUCACCAAGCUCCCUCUGAGACGCAAGGCCUACUGGGAGGUCGACCUUGACGCCAUCACCUUUGGCAAGGAGAGCGCCGAGUUCGACAACAUGGGUGCCAUCCUCGACACCGGCACUUCGCUCAUUGCCCUCCCCAGCACUCUUGCUGAGUUGCUGAACAAGGAGAUCGGUGCUAAGAAGGGCUACAACGGCCAGUACACUGUCGAGUGUGACAAGCGUGACUCUCUCCCUGACCUCAGCUUCACUCUGACCGGCUACAACUUCACCAUCACUCCCUACGACUACAUCCUUGAGGUCCAGGGCUCAUGUAUCUCGUCGUUCAUGGGCUUCGAUAUCCCUGCCCCUGCUGGCCCUCUUGCCAUCCUUGGUGAUGCUUUCCUCCGCAAGUACUACUCGGUCUAUGACCUCGGUAGCAAUAGCGUUGGUCUCGCCAAGGCUAAGGCUUAA